GGGCGAAUUUGAAUCGCGCGAGCCGUUGGAUGGGGCUGCGCCGGGUGGGCGUAUUACUAAAUCGCUACGGCGGACGCGGGGAGCGACGGCUGCUGUGCGACUCCUGCUCCACGCACCUGUAAAAUGAAUGAAAAUAAACCUGAUGACUCACAGAAGAACCUUGCUUGUGUUUUUUGCCGAAAAAAUGAUGACUGUCCCAAUAAAUAUGGAGAAAUGAAAACUAAUCAGAAAUGGAAUCUCAGCGUACAUUACUAUUGUUUGUUACUGUCCAGUGGGAUUUGGCAGAGGGGUAAAGAAGAAGAAGGAGUUUAUGGCUUUCUAGUGGAAGAUAUCAGAAAGGAGGUGAAUAGAGCUUCGAAACUGAAGUGCGCUGUGUGCAAGAAAAGUGGGGCUUCAAUUGGAUGUGUUGCACCUCGUUGUAAACGAAGUUACCAUUUCCCGUGUGGACUUCAGAAAGAAUGUAUUUUCCAGUUUACUGAAAAUUUUGCGUCAUUUUGUUGGAAACAUCGACCUGUUCAAGCAAUCACAUCUAAUAACUAUAGAGAAUCUUUACCGUGCACCAUUUGUUUGGAGUUUAUUGAGCCUAUUCCUACUUACAACAUACUGCGAAGUCCUUGUUGUAAGAAUGCUUGGUUUCAUAGAGACUGUUUACAGGUUCAAGCAAUAAAUGCAGGAGUGUUUUUCUUUAGGUGUACAAUAUGCAAUAAUAUUGACAUCUUUCAGAAAGAGAUGUUAAGAAUGGGAAUUCAUAUUCCUGAAAAAGAUGCAUCCUGGGAAUUAGAAGAAAAUGCCUAUCAAGAGCUUUUGCAGAGCUACGAGCAUUGUGAUGUUCGAAGAUGUCACUGCAAAGAAGGGAGAGACUAUAAUGAACCCAAUAGCAAAUGGGAACUAAAGCGCUGUGAGUGCUGUGGUUCUAGUGGAACGCAUUUAGCCUGUUCCUCACUGCAGUCAUGGGAACAAAAUUGGGAGUGUUUGGAGUGUAGAAGUAUUGUCUACAGCCCAGAUUUCCGAAAGGCCCCCAAACACCCGUUAACCAACUCCAUUAAUGUGGCGAUUACUGAUUGCUUGUUGGAAGAAUCAUCACCUAAACUGCGCAGACAGUCGCCUAGAGCUCAGCAUAAAGAACUACUAAGGCAAAGCAGCAAGUUUAGGAGAGACAUUUCAACAGUUUUGAUGGAGUUAGGAUUCCAAAUUAAAAAGAAAGCCAGAAGAUUAUAUAUCAACAAAGCCAAUAUUUGGAGGAGUGCCUUAGAGGGAUUCAGAAGUCAAAACUUUAAUCCUUCAAACACAAUUGAAGUAGUAUAUCUUAAUGAAAAUGAUACACUUGGAAGAGAGUAUCCCGGAUCAAAACAAGAAUUUCUGAGUCUUUUAAUGCAACAUCUUGAGAAUUCAUCAUUGUUUGAAGGGUCCUUAUCAAAGAACUUAUCUCUAAAUUCUCAAGCUCUGAAAGAGAAUCUUUACUAUGAAGCUGGAAAGAUGCUCGCCAUUUCUUUAGUUCAUGGUGGUCCCUCACCUGGUUUCUUCUCUAAAACUUUGUUUAACUGCAUUGCUUAUGGACCAGAGAACAGCCAACCAAGUUUGGAUGAUGUUUCUGACUUCCAUGUGGCACAGAUUAUAAUCAGGAUAAAUACUACUACAAAUAUGGCCGACUUAAACUCAGUAAUAAACGAAUGCUAUAACUACUUAGAGUUUAUUGGAUGUCUAAGACUUAUAACAACAUUAAGUGAUAAAUACAUGUUGGCAAAAGACAUACUUUUCUACCAUGUAAUUAAGAGAGUCCAAGCACCUUUUGAGAGCCUGCAUAGCAAACACUGGCCAGCAGGGAGCAAGUUCACUGAUAAACCUGAGAACCUUUCUGCAAAAACCCUCAGUGAUCUUUUCACAGUACAUACAGUACCGGAUGUGCAAGCUUUGGGGUUUUGGAACAGUUACCUAAAAACUGUUGAGGAUGGUAAAUCUGCAACAACAAUGGAAGACAUCCUUGUUUUUGCAACUGGUUGUAGCUCCAUUCCACCUGCUGGAUUUAAACCCUCUCCUUCAAUUGAAUGUCUGCAUAUGGACUUUCCUGUUGGAAACAAAUGUAAUAACUGUUUAGCUCUUCCAAUCACAAAUACUUACAAAGAAUUUCAAGAAAAUAUGGAUUUUGCCAUAAGAGACACUCUAAGACUAGAAAAGGAAGAAAGUUCUCAUUACAUUGGACACUAAUUCUUCUAAUGAAGAAACGAUUCUUUUAAAGCUGCUAUUGAUAACUUUUGUUUCUAUUAAUCAUAACUUUUGAAAUUACCAACUUCUGGGCCCAAUAAAGCUUAUUAUUUGAAUAAGGAUCGUUUUGGCUGUUUAAACAAUAGAAAAAGAUUGGUUCUGGCAUUCUAGUCAAAUUUGUUGAUGUCUUUCAAUUUUUAUAACUAUGCAUGCUUCAUAUAAUUAUUUUUAGAAUGAUCGUGCAGACCUUAUUCAGGUUUGUUACAUAAGGAACAUACAUAAGGGGGGAAAAAACCUGUUGAAUCACUAUUUUUAUAAACUAAAAUUGCCGGUAGUAUACCACAGUUUUAUCUAUUUUUAUGCAGAUUUCAAAUUUUCCUAUUUUAAAGCAUUAAAUAGAAAAGCUAAUGGGUUUACUUUAUAUGUUUCUAGGAUGUUACUAAGUUUUUUUUUUACAGUUUUUAUAGUAAAAUGACCAAUACUACAGUUAGAUAAUGGUAAUUGGAAAUAACUGUAUAAAAAGCAGAAUUUGACAUUUAACUCUGGAAUAUGUUGACACUCAGUAGGCUUAAAAACAAUGCUGAGGUGUUUCAAACACAGUUAAAAAUCCCUAAGAAAACGCACAUUGUUUAAAACCUUGGGCAGUCAAUAUAUCUCAUCUGUUAGCCAUUUGAAGUGUCUGAGUUGUCAUAUGGCAAUUCGACUGUUAAAAAUGUAUGGUCUAUCAAAGCUUUUAUUAAUAGAUAACCUGCAACUGAAGCAUUCUCUACUUACUUUCUUUGCUUUCAAAAGUUAUGUUUUCUAUAAGCAGAAGUAAAAAAAAAAAAAAAAAAA